AUGGGAUCACAGCUGCACCCGUCUAAUUCACUUACUGCUCCUCGCAUUGAUAUUGUGCGGACUGCUGCGGACGCAGUCAGUCGCGCGACCGUGCCCAUCAGCAUCCACCUCGACCAUGCACAGUCGGAAGACAUCAUCAAGCAGGCGGCGGAUAUGCCCUUCGACAGUAUCAUGGUGGACAUGUCACACCAUGAGAAGGAGGUCAAUCUGCGCAAGACUCGCGAGUUGGUGCGAUACUGCAAUGAGCGCCAGAAGGUCACCGAAGCUGAACCGGGCCGUAUUGAGGGAGGAGAGGACGGAGUCAUGGAUACGGCAGGAUUGGAGGCUUGCAUGACCACUGCGGAAGAGGUGGAUGAGUUUAUAGACACAGGUGUGGAUGUGCUUGCUCCGGCUAUAGGAAAUGUUCAUGGGGAAUAUGGCCCCCGUGGCCCGCAAUUGGAUUUUGAGCGGUUUGAGAAGAUUCGGAGUCAAGUCAAUGGAAGAGUUUGCUUGGCAAUUCAUGGUACGAAUGGGUUUCCGCCAGAACUGAUACAGCGCUGUGUGGCGGCUGGAGUGGCCAAGAUAAAUGUAAACCGACUUGUGCUGGAUGACUACUAUGAUCAUCUUCGGGAUAACGUGGGGAAGAUACCACACACCCAGCUUAUUGAGGAGGGAAUCCAGAAAGUGGCGGAUUUGACAGCGAAGUGGAUGGAAAUCUGUGGGUCUGCGGGAAAGGCGUGA